AGGAUGAGUGGACGCACAUCCUGCUCGGGCAGAGGGGCAGGACAGGGGCCGUGAGUAACGGUGGCCUGGGGUCAGAGCCAGGCUCAGCUGCAGAGGCUGCUGGUGGCUGUGGAGAGCUUGGGGCUGCCUUGGUCGCACCCACCGCCUGCCUGCCCACUGGUCAGCCUUCAGGGGCCCUGAGCAGCGCCUGGCCUCUUUCCUGUGGCCAGCCCAGCUGGGGGGCUGUGGCGUGCUGGGCGUCGGCAUCUGGCUGGCCGCCACCCAGGGGAGCUUCGCCACGCUGUCCUCCUCCUUCCCGUCCCUGUCGGCUGCCAACCUGCUCAUCAUCACCGGUGCCUUUGUCAUGGCCAUCGGCUUCGUGGGCUGCCUGGGCGCCAUCAAGGAGAACAAGUGCCUCCUGCUCGCUUUCUUCCUGCUGCUGCUGCUGGUGUUCCUGCUGGAGGCCACCAUUGCCAUCCUCUUCUUCGCCUACACGGACAAGAUUGACAGGUACGCCCAGCAAGACCUGAAGAAAGGCUUGCACCUGUACGGCACGCAGGGCAACGUGGGCCUCACCAACGCCUGGAGCAUCAUCCAGACUGACUUCCGCUGCUGUGGUGUCUCCAACUACACCGACUGGUUUGAGGUGUACAACGCCACGCGGGUGCCUGACUCCUGCUGCCUGGAGUUCAGCGAGAGCUGCGGGCUGCACGCACCUGGCACCUGGUGGAAGGCGCCGUGCUACGAGACGGUGAAGGUGUGGCUCCAGGAGAACCUGCUGGCUGUGGGCAUCUUUGGGCUGUGCACGGCACUGGUGCAGAUCCUAGGCCUGACCUUCGCCAUGACCAUGUACUGCCAGGUGGUCAAGGCAGACACCUACUGCGCAUAGGCUGCCCGCUGCCCGCUUCUCUGCCAAAAGGACGCCCACAGGGAGAUGGCCGUGCCCACAGCUGCCUUUCCCACCACCAGCCUCGGUGCUCUGCCCCAUGCUGGGAGGAGGGAGGGAGGAACAGGUGCCCGGAGGCCCUGGAACCCUGUUUCUAGAAGGCCCUGGCUCAGGUGGCUUCAGGGCCUCCAAACCCCCCCCGGGAGGGGUGGCCACGUGCUGGCUAUGGAACCCAGGGCAGGGGUGGGAGGGGUCUCCAGCACUUUUUAUAUUUACAUAUUCUCCAAAGCAGUGUUCACACAGGUGCCAGCCUGUGGCCCAGCCUCCCGGGAAGCGGGUUGGGGCUGCAGGAACAGCGGCUUGGCAUCCUGGAAGUGGCCCCACUGGUCCUGGUGCUCCAGGCAGGGCCAUGGACCCCUUACCUACAUUCCACAGUGGGCCCGUGGGGCUCCUGGUGCAUCCUAAUAAAGUGUGAGCCGCA